AUGAGCCAAUUGCCUCCAGAAAAAAUAGAAGAAGCAGUAGCUGAGCAAAAGGACAAAGAGGCUUAUCCAUCACUAACCGGGAUUCGUUCAGCUCGUCCAUCGUCUAGGUCAAGGUCUGGAGGUGGUAGUAAUGGUGCACCACUCGCAUCAAAUCUCGUAUCUCGAGACCAGCAAAAAUACGUCAGACCUAAACAGACCAAUGCUACUGAAGAAAUUAUAUCUAGUGCAAGUAUUGGACAUGGCGGGUCUGAUGCAUCUGCAAGAGCAUCUUCAACACAACAACCUAGAGUACAGAAUUUAAAAAACGACCAAGUCUCGACACAACCGUUUCCACCACCGAGUCCAGCCCCAGCAUCUGCUAGGAGUGUUUCUGGAGCUAGGAAGAUCAUCAAGUUCCAAAGACUUACUUCUCGACGAUGGAUUAUGCUGCGCGAUAAAGUGUUCAAAGGUCAUUUCAGGAGAGCAAACAACCAAACAGUAUCAGUCAUUGAGUCUCAAGAGAAUUUCAUUUCAGUUGUUGCAGCACUCUGGGCAAAAGUUGUCAGCCAUUCAUCUGUGCAGACACAAGAAAAUGUUGGCACGAAUGUGCCCACUGAUAGUACAACCGAGUUUUUAACCUCUUGGAUGGAGCAGCCAUCACACUAUCAGUCACUAAAGAGUGUCAUGCCUACAGAUAGAUCUUUGUUGGAUGCAAAAACUAAAACACAGAGCUCAACUAUUAUGGGAGCACUUGAGCAGCCGAAUAUAGUGCCACAGCUAUUGAAUACUGAUUCUAAAGUGAUCAAGCACACUGAUUUAUCAGAUUCUAUGAACGGAAAGAUUACCAGAGGUAAAGAUCUUUUUGCUUUCAAUACUGAUAUUGUUACUGCUACAGCAGCCACUAUGGUUUUAACGCGGGUUACAAUAGGAAAUAAUUUAAAGUCGAUUGCCAAUACAAGUCAUCUGGGCAGAUGUGUUGGCUUGAGUGGCCUUUCACUUGAUGCAGUCUCGAAUGAAAAUAUUGGAAAAACAUUGAUGCUGAUUGCCAAAGGCUUGAGCGAAGUAUCCAAAAGAGAUGAUCCAAGCCUGUUUGUACUUCAGGUUCAUUGCAAUCGAGGUUGGAAACUUAUUCUUCUUGGAUUGGCACAAUCAGAGUCGUUUUUAAGGCAUAUUGCCAUGGUUGCUCUUGGCCGGGCACUUCCUUGCAUCAUAAAAACCCUUGUUGAUUCGGUCAUCUGUUUUAAUAUUGUUAGCUUACUGAUGAAUUUGGUUGUGUCGGAUGAGCGAAAAGAAAAUCGGUUAAAGGCUGUUUAUUUGAUUGGGCAGCUUGGGGUCCAGCUUGGGUCUGUUGAAGAGUAUCUUCCAUUAAUGCAUUUGGCAUUGAGGGAACUUGCAAAGAAACUAUUAGAAAUUCAGUAUAACGAGCGCAAGACUGGCGCUAUUGAUAGAAACGCACUUGAUUUGAAGAUUUAUCUUUUUCACGCUAUUGGAAAAUAUGUUCGCUUGCUUCAUCCACAAUCCAACUCUACUGAAGAUUUAGUGCUGUAUUUAGUCUACCAGGAACAUGCUUUUAUUUCGAAUAUCUUUCUCAAUCGAGAACAAAGUGUGAUUAAGCAGGAUGACCCAGAAAUGCACGUUAUAUUAGCGACGUUGGGAAUUCUAAACAAUGAGCUAAAGCACACCGAAGUAAAUAAAAAAUAUAUUGGCGCACUGUUCAAGAAGUUCAUUCAUCCUCUAAUGCAAUCGCCAAAUCCCUCGUUACAAAGAAUGGCGAUUCAGUUUGUUAGCUCCUGGCUUCCUAUUCUCAACGAAGAUGCGGUUCUUCAAGGGAUUGAAUGUAUUCAAGCCGGCUUGGUUUAUUCAAAAUGCUUAAAUGUAAUCAAUUUCAACAGCGAUAGCUAUGCUAACGAAGUGGCAGUGUUUGAAAAGUGGAAAUAUACUGAGCAAUGUCGUGUAUCAAUGCAAUCUAAACUUCUUCGAGAAUUGAUUUGUUCACCCGGCACUGUAUCUAAAUGUCUUCCUGUUCCUGGAUGUCCUGGGUUUUUUUGUGACGCCAACUCUUCCUUGCUUAAUACAAAAUCUGUGCUGCUGGAUUUACCAAUUCACGACAAGUCAAAUGUCACUCUUACUCGCCUGAUUCCAUCUAUUCCAGGCGUCCCAAAAGGAGUCACUACAAUUCCACCAUUGUUUAUGGAUGAGGAAUGGACUGAAGCACUUCAACCACCACGCUCCCAAUAUGAAUUUUUGGAGCAAACUGGCGGGAUUCCAACACUUGUUUAUGGAUACACAUAUGCACCAAAUACUUUAAUGGAUUCGAGUGAUCCAAUACAGCUUAUUUCUCGUCGCGAGGCUAUGGCUACACCUGCCAUGAAAAAUGGAAAUGAUUCAAACAGACUUACAAUUGUUAAAAACACAAGCAUGUGGGCCAACUUUGACGACAUUCCUCGUGGUGCAACUCGUCUACCUCCAAAAAUUGAACACAUUACAGCAGAGGGGGAUUUUGCAGCUGAUUCUCGGCGCUACCCAUACGGAUUUAGCAUUGUUUGCCCGUUUUCUGGAUACGAUCCUGAACGUAUUGAUAGAAAUGCACACCCUGUUUCACCCAUUUAUGGAAAACAAAUGCUAGCAGUGCGUGGUAAAUUGUUGGCUGCGCAGGCUAGUCUCACAAAUGUAUCCUCCAGCAUUGCAGUAUUAUCAUCAAAAGAUGAAAGCAUAUUUGACAAUAGUAUUGGCGGGUCUGGCUUAGUAGAGGGGGGCUACACGUAUUCAUGUAAUCCGAUCUUGUGGCCAAAUCGAAAUCCUUUUCUCAAAACUGCCCCGUACAUUUCCGAUUUUCCCUUGAAUGCACCAGUUUUGCUAGACAUUAUUCAACCAAAUCAUCCCGAGUUGCAGCGAAUUCUAGCUCGAGUAGUGGGAGUCGAUAAAGAUUUAUCAGAUGAUGACUACCAUGACAAUCUUGAUUUCACCGAAUCAAAAGAGCUGUACGAUCAUUCUCGUAAUGCAACUACUCGAGGUCAAUCUGAAAAUCAUACUGGAGAUUCUUUUAACCAAGAUUCUUUAUUUACACAUGAUGAAAGCUUAUUAAAGCAUAAGUCUAUAUCAUCGAGUCCACCAAAAAUAUCAGAGAUUGUGUAUUUUUUCCCAAUUCCAGCAGGGUUUACUCCACAAAAUGAGCCAUACUUUUCACCUCCAGUAAAUAUUCCACCUAUUCCAGCAGGGUACGACUCUUUUGGUAUUCCUUAUUAUGGGCGCCAGUCACACGUCAAACCAUUUCCACUUGGCAUUACCAUAAUGGGAACUCGGUUUUACUCUGGGGAUGGAAAAUUAUCAGAAGGCGGCCAGCGAAAUAUGUUUGCGGGAAUUGAUGUAGAAGGAAACCCAUUUUUUGUUCCCCGAGGAUUUUCUAUUCCUGUGCCUAGUGGGUUUACUGUUGACGGUAUUCCGUAUUAUGAUGUUGUAUCGCUUAUGCGCAAUCGUGGGGUCAUGUUACUACCAUCAGCAUUUCAAACUGUGGAUGCUCAUCCAGAUGAUGAUGAAUGGGAAAAUUUACUUUCAAAAUUGUACAGCAACACAUUUGUAGUACCACCAUUACAGAAACGACGGACUGAAAUGACAUUUGUGACAUGCCUAUCAGCCAGUCUGCAAGACUCGCAACCAUUACUUAAACAUACACUUAUGCAGGCACACUCUCGAAAUAUAGUUUCUUCCCGUACAUAUAGUAUGGGAAAACUUGGUCAACAGGAUAAAACUGAUAUUGUGGAUCAAGUUGACUUGCAAGAUCCAGGCAACAUCUGGGAGUUUCUACGAACUGGACUUGAGUUUUGUCAUUUCAAGCCAGCUUCAAUGAAGAUUGUUAUUGAACCUGCUCAAAUGGAAUUUCAAAGCGUGAGUGUACCUAUUACCAAAACACUUGCAUUGAGAUAUCGCGCCAACCGUGGUGAUCAUGAUGAGCGAGACUAUUUUCUCGCCAUUGAACCGGUUGAUGUUUUCACACUCAAAUCAUUUCAUUUGCGUUUACAAGGAGAGGGUGUCAGCGAAAUUAUAGUGACAUUUAAUCCGAAUGCAAUGAAAUCUGAGCGAGUCGAGGGAGGAGUAUAUCUCAUUGACGAGCUUGGUAAGCGAAUGGCAUCUUGUCAACUUUUGGCAAUUCAAAAAAGUUUUUUUACUGCCCAUCCAGAAUUUCUUGACUUUGGAUGGGUGCUUCCAGAAAAACGCAAAGAAACGACGUUUAAACUAGAGAAUUUGUCUGCGGGAUCGAUACUAGUUAAUUUGACGGUCAAGAGUGAAAUUAUGCAACAGACAGCAAAUUUUUCUCUAAGCUUAUCCAAGAGCUGUAAACCGUUGGCUACGGAAAAUAUGGUUAAAUCAGUUUUUACUCUUUCAACCACCUCGCUUCGUUUACAGCCUUUCGAGACAAAGCCUAUUCUUGUUUUCUUUGAGCCAAAGCUACUUGGUUACCAACACGAUGUGGUAGAGGUUCGAGGUCCUGGAGGCGAUCUUUUAUCUGUUAAUGUGUCCGGUAUAUCGGGCAUUCCAAUUGCACUUUACCCAGAAAAUGAGGAUAGAUCGUGCGAAGGUGCAAACACUCUAGCUCGAGAACGUACUGACUUGAUUGCCAAAUUCAAAAAGCAUGAAAGUAUCAAAGAAACCUCUGAUAUAUGUUUUAGUGAAGAAGAGUCACAGAUUAUUAGUAAAAUGAUUUCCGCUCAAACGGAUAGCGAAACUAGACACAUUACACAUACUCUUGAUUUUGGCAUUUGCUCAACUGAAUCCAAAACUCUUGUCAGAUGUUUGACAUUUAUGAAUCUGGGCGAUACCCCUGCUACUAUUUCGUUGUUUUCACAUCACCCAAAUGUUUCCUGUCCUUAUCUGGUUUUAAUUGCUCCAAAUAUGGCAAAUACUAUCGAGAUUACGCUGAGUAUUGGACAAGGAACAAGCAGUAUUCGUGGAAAUUUGUGCACUACAAUUGAAGUUGUAUGCCCAGAAUUUCAGAGUAUUCCUCUCCACGUCAAGGCAUUUAUUGGUCAAGCAGUAUAUUUUCCAGUGUGGGAAAAUAUAUUUUUCAAACCUUGUUGUAUUGACCAACACCAGGAACUAUCCAUUUCUCUCAUCAACGAGUCACAAUACGACUUAGGUGUGGCAAUUGAUGGUUUAGGCGAUUCAAUUCACUUGGAAAAAAACAGCAUUACGACUUCUUUAUCUACCCGAAAUGCAGAACCGACUUUGGUGCCAGCCUUUUCUCUUAUCCCAGUAACAUUUACUUAUCAUGCAAAAAUGCGCGGUCCAUUAAUGAAAGCCAUUGCCAUUCGUGUGGUUGAGCCAUAUAGACAUUUGGUUGCUGCAGCAAUGUUUAUGAGACCAAUGCGAUUGUUUGGAAUAUGCAUCGAGCCAUAUGUACGCAGAGCCAAUGACACGCGUGACAAAAACGGUAUAGAGUUUUUAAUCAAGUGGAUGUCGUCUCCAAAAUAUCUCAUUGAAGACUACCCUACUGAGAUCCAACGAGAGAAUCUGUUUGACAUGAACACAACCAUGGAUAUUUUUUCCGAAGCAAAGAUGAAAAACUUUGACGGUGCGGCAUUUGAUGUUGUAUUUAAAACAGAUCCUUACAUUACAGAAGUUCAAGCUACUGGAUUUGAAAGUACUGCAAUGGGAGAUUCAGUGUUUCAAUCUACCGUUGCCUCUGAAGCGCUCACUGUCCAAAACCGCGGAACCAUGCCCAAAAACGUUCAAUUUUUGACUUCUACAGGAUUUGUCGUAGAUCCAAUCCGCCGGCUUCUUUCACCUGGAGACACCUUUAAACUAGAUAGUUACUUCAAUACUCCCUCAGAUAUUGGAAGAUUUGUUACAAUCUAUGGUUUUGCCACAGCACUGGAUCAGGAGAGUCACUCCAUCAAUUCAACUCAAAUGAUCAAACGGCUUGCAAAUGGGAUUUUAGUGCUUCCACUUUUUGGAAACGAUCAUCAAAUGGUGCUUGAUUUUGGCAAGAUUGAAUUAACUGGUGAAGCAAUGGUCGAAACCAGUAAAAAUUUAUUACUGUGCAAUCCUCAUUUGACAACAUACUCAUGGAGUAUCAAGUUCACUGCGUUGAAAAGCAAGUUUAAUCCGUUUGAUGCACCUGUCAUGAUGGGGGAAGUAACUGGUUAUGAGACCUUUACUGUGGCAUUCAAAUUCAAAUGCGACGUAAGUGGAUUUUAUGAAACUACCUGUGAAGUGUAUAUUGCAGAUAUUUCAGACAAAGUGUCCAAGCCAGUUAAAGUAGGCACGAUCAUUCUUCGUGGUGUGGCAGUCAACACUUUGCUCAGCGGUUUGCCAGACGCUCUGGACUUUGGAUCAGUAGUAAUAUUUAAUGCAAAGAAAAAACAAAUAGUUCUUUAUAACAAUGGAACAACAGACCUCAGUGUUACUAUACUGGUCCGACCUCCGUUUUCAGUUGUUCCAAAAACAUUUACCAUCAUUUCCAAAUCUCAAAUGGAGUUCCAAGUUUAUUUCAAACCGACCGAAACGCGCAGCAUUCAAACCAAGAUGCAAAUAUUUGCAAAUCAAAAGGCAUUUAUUAUCCCAUUGACCGGUUUAGGUGGAGUUGCUGAUCUGGUUUGCGAAAAAUAUACAAACCGAAAGAUUAAUUUUGGUGAGCUUCAAGAGGAAACCAUUGCUUGGUGUUCGAUUUACUUGACCAACAAAGGAACACUCCCACUAGUUUUGAAAGCGGUAACAUCACAUACUCGAGAACGAUUCAAGCUUCAGUUUGUUUCUCAAAGCGUUACUGUUCCAAUGGGUAACUUUUCUUCAUUGGGUUUUAAUGGACCUGAUAGUAUUGAAAUUAAAAAGAAUUAUUGGAGCAUUCUCAAACGAAAAUACUACGAGUUCAAAAGACGACAGAGUUUAAUGCCUAUAGCUUCCGCUAUCCAAGCCCAGCAUCAACUACAGAUGUUCUCAAGUGGCAUUUCAAAACGGCGAGGGGAUCUAUUACUUCGACAAAAAGAAAAUGUUCAUUUGUACGACCGGUCUUUGUCUGUUCAAAUUGUCGAUCCAAACAGUGUAUCAAUUAUAGACUCGAUUGUGCCAAAUAUUUUAGAACUGAAACCUUUCCACUCGUACCAUUUUAAAAUGGGAUACAUUGCUACAUAUAGAUCUCAUGCUGACGAACAGCUUGUAUUUCACUAUAUGCCAAAUAUAGAUAAAGAGGAAACGCCAGAUACUCCACUACACAAUCUUAUUAAAAACACGUCUUUGAAUAUCACAGGAUCUGUUUAUCGGCCACUUGAACUAUUUCCUGCUUUUCAUGACUUUGGAUAUGCUCCUGCUGAGCGGUACUUUGAGACUUCCGUGACAAAUCGAUCAAACACAUAUGAAACAGAUUCGUAUGGUGUCAUGACUGAUCGAUCUCAACAAAAUAGCGGGGUUUUUUAUUUGGAAGUCAUGAAUAUGUCGUCGAUUCCACAAAAUUUGAUACUGGACUCGAUACCUCCAGAAUUUUCAAUUAGUCAACGAUCAUGGUUUAUUCAAGCUGGAGAAAGGCUUGAAAUUACAAUCGAAUUUCAUCCACCACGAGAACAAAUCCAAUUUCAUGGCGACGCUGUGUUUCAUCAUAAAUAUGGCACCUGCUCUGUGCAUCUCUGUGGAACUGGCGCAAGUGCUGAGAUGAUAUCUGAUGAAUUAGUUGAUUUUGGCAGUUUGAAGGUGAAUUCAAAAAGCCAGCAGAGUUUACGAAUUCACAAUCGUGGUUUACUUGAAACAAGAUAUGAACUUGAUAUUGUUUCUAGUUCAUCUGAAUUUCGAUUUGUCAAUGGCGAUCCGUAUGAGCACGAAGGUACUAUUGCAAGUGGUGGUACACAGACGUUUCAACUCGAGUGCCAAUGCAAGAAUAUUGAAGGAUCAAGCGCCUAUAUUUUAGUUAAAUGGUGGCGUGUUCCCAACGGCAUUCUUGAAAACCUACAGAUUCCUCUCAAAGUAAAAGUUGGCUAUCCCUCCUUUCGCAUGCAGAACAUUGAGAUUGAUUUCAAAACAACAUUUAUUAAUGUCAACAAAACACUGGAAUUGCGUCUUUACAACGAAGGAAAUGCAUCAUGCAAUUGGAAAGCAGAAGUUGAAAAUCCAUGCUUAAUUAUGAAUGUCACGGAAGGCACAAUCGGUGCCGGAGAAAGUAUUGCUGUCAGCAUCACCUACAUUCCAACUGAUUUUGAAACACUUGCAUCUGCUAUUCGGUUUUUCACCGAUGCGGGAAACCCAACACUAAUGUGUUAUGGUGUUGUUGGUGUGCCUUAUCUCAAAAUCUCGGCCGAGUUCAGGGAUAUUGAUUUUGGCAUUAUCACUGUAGAUCACACACACACUAGAUCCAUUGCAAUUGCCAAUACUGGCACACAAGUAAUUAAGUAUGAGAUUGCAAUGAUGCCAACCUCUCAAGAUAAGACUGAAAAAGAGGAAAGUCAGUUUAGUUGCUUUUACUGCGAUCCUGUAAGUAGUGUAGUACAACCUGGUCAAACCUUUUUGAUUAAUAUCUCAAUCUGUCCUCGUGGAUACGAUGUCACAUAUCUGUCAACUUUUAUUUUACGUACACUGGAUGGAGAGCAGUAUACUGGGCGUAUAACAGCGAAAGGUGGCAAAGCCAUUGUGAAAAUUAAACCACCGAAAAUACACAUUGGAGAAACACGCACUAUUAUUGCAUCAGAUACUACCUCUGCAAAAGCAGAUCAGCCAGGACCAAAUCAUGCAGAUGUGCAAAGUACGCCCACUCCUGACAUUGAAGCUUCUAGAUACGUUUUUCAAUCUCAUUUGGAUAAUCUCUAUGAGGUUUUGGCGGGACUUCGAACUGCUGAGCUUGAGCUUUUGCCCGAUGAAAACAUUGUUGCUGAAGCUCCGUCCAAUAUUAUUCAGCAGCCCGUGAUUCCAACUAAAAAACAAACCCAAAAGUACGAUAGUUUAAUUUUAUUUCAUUUGUAA